UCCGAUUUUACGGGUCAUUGAUCAAUUAUGCAUUAACCAUAUUAGAUUGUCAUGAACAAAAUCACGGGUACUAGUCCUACUAGAAGCUUGGAGCCAUUAUGUACCAUUCAUUGUUCUGUGGAUUGUAUUUGUUUAUUUCUUCUGUAUAUGCCUCGGGGUCUAGUAAUGGUGUGCCAGGAACAACGUAUACAAAAUGGACUUGGACAAAAUGGUUUGAUACAGACUCAGGCGAACGCGAAACAGAAACCUAUGAGUCUAUUGUAGCAAGAGGUUGGAACAUUUGUCGUGGUGGAAAACUCAAAGGAUGUGAAUGUAAACGAGAUGACACUAAAGAAAUUCUGUCUAAUGGCGAAUUCUUCAAUACCUCUCAUAUACUUGGUACUGAUCUAGAGUGUAAACUAAAUGGAAUCGAGUGUCAUAACAUUUUAUGUAUGAACCUUGCAGUCCGCUUUUUAUGUGAAGACGUGAUUCUUGAAAGUGGAUCAGCAGUAUUUUAUUUUCUGAUGUUAAUUAUACCAGUUGUAGUCAUACUGUUCAGAUUAUACUGUUGGGAUAUUGUGAAGAGACGAAUUAAAAAAAGACCUCCUGGGAAUAGGAACACACACGGAAGUUCUCAACAAGAUGUUAUAGAUAUGUCGAUAUUUGACCCCCCAUCAUACGAUGACUUAUUUGGUUCCCAAACACAAACGCGAUUCGUUGAUAUCAAAUGCAAUAAUUGUAAUCACUUACAAAACACGUGUCACUCUUUAACUGACCAAUCAAAUACAACUGCUCAAAAUUCAAACUCAAGAAGGGAAGUCUCUAGUGUAAACUGCUCGUGUGAAUGCCAUAACACAGAUAAUUGCAUAGCUUCAUGUUUAAGGGGGGCUUCACGGUGUGAAUCUAAUGAUAAUUAUUCAAGGAUAAAUGCUGCUUAUAUUCACAACAACGAAGCAAAUAAUAAUACUGAAAACAGAGCAAGGACAAAUAGUAUUUCUAUAAACGUAAUCAGUGGGGCAUGCAUUGAAUCUUUGCCUCCUACUUACUCAGAGGCCUUAGUUAUUUUGAAAAGGACAGAAGGUUUGGAUGCAACACAUUUGUGAAGGAAAUACAAAAUGUUAACAAUAAACAUAUGCAAACCAUACCAGAUAGAUUAGUUUUGAAAUUAAAUUCGAUUGGAAAUUGAAACAUUCAAAUGCAAAAACUGUCUAGUCACAUAAAAAUAGCACGAAUGGUUUGAAUAAAGUUUUUCGAAAAGACAUUAUAUUUGUGUCUAAUAUAUGUAGUUUGUUGUCAAUUUC